AUGGAUUUUUUAAAAAAUGCUCUUAUUGAUACGGGGAGUAAAAUUGCAAAAAAAGAGGCUGCAACAAUUUUACAAAAUAUGAAACAACAUUUUGAGCAAAAAGAUUGGAAAGCAUUAUUACAAGAUCUUUAUCAAUGUUGGGAGAUAAGAGAUGUUAUAAUGGGUCUGGCAGGAAUUGAAUCACAUUUAAAAAAAGAAGAACCAGAAGAUGUUGUCAAGAAAGUAUCAUCAAAUAUGGACCCUGUAGAUUUAGGAAAAACAUUAUUAAAUUCAUUUAAACUUCUUAAAAGUACAUCAGUCAAUGACAAGGAAGAAGCAAAAGGAAGUUUAUUAGACAAUUUUACUUUAUCUGAACUUGGUGAACAACUUAAAAAUAUUAAUGGAAUUCUUAAUAAAAAAUAA